AUGUCGGCAUUAUUGCAGAGGAUUGUCCACAAUGAGGCGAUGAAAACGGAUCCAAAGGAGAUCUAUGGGUGGAGGGUCUACUUGCUUGCUUGUUCGGCAUGCUGCGGAGGAAUGUUAUUCGGUAUGGACUCAGGAAUCAUCGGUGGUGUCCUGACUAUGCCGCCCUUCAAACAAACGUAUGGUCUGCAAGACCUCGACUCUGUAGCCCAGGCAAACUUAUCUGCCAACAUCGUCUCCACCCUCCAAGCGGGAUGCUUCUUCGGGGCUCUCCUAGCAUCCCCCGCAGCUGAGAAAUGGGGCAGAAGAGGCGCCUUGAUAGGAUCUGCGCUGAUUGGAAUUGUCGGUGUCAUCAUGCAGGCCUCGGCAAGUGGUCAUCUAGAGGCCAUGUACAUUGGACGUCUCAUCACCGGCUUCGGAGUCGGCGGCGCCUCAAUGAUCAAUCCUCUCUACGUCUCUGAAAACGCUCCACGCGCAAUUCGCGGAGGACUGACGGGUCUCUAUCAGUUCUUCAUCACAAUGGGAAUCAUGUUGGCCUUCUGGAUCAACUACGGCUCACUGCUUCAUCUGACCGGGUCAGCAAUGUACCUUGUUCCACUGGCAAUGCAGGGUCUGCCCGCUGUGCUUUUGUUCGUGGGUAUGCUGCUCUGCAACGAGUCUCCACGUUGGCUGGCGAAACAGGAUCGAUGGGAGGAGGCACGCGCGACUUUGAGUAAAGUGCGUGCCCUGCCGGUUGAUCAUCCAUACUUGGAAGAGGAGUUCCAGGCUAUCGCGCUGCAGCUGGAACAGGAGCGUGCUUUGAUCGGUGGCUCUGGUUUCUGGGAUCUUAUGAAGGAGAUGUGGCUUAUUCCUGGGAACCGGAAGCGGGCUAUGAUCUCGGUGUUCUUGAUGAUAUGCCAGCAGAUGACGGGGACAAAUGCUAUUAAUUAUUACAGUCCGCAGAUUUUUAAAAAUCUAGGGGUGACUGGUAAUGCAACCAAUCUCUUCGCAACGGGCAUCUACGGCAUCGUCAAGAUGGUCAGUUGUGGUGUCUUCCUCAUUUUCGUCGCCGAUUCCCUCGGCCGCCGACGCUCCCUCCUCUGGACAUCAAUCGCGCAAGGACUGGCCAUGCUUUACAUUGGGCUAUACAUCCGAAUUGCUCCUCCGGUCGAAGGUGCCCCCGUGAUCCCGGCCGGCUACGUGGCUCUCGUCUGCAUCUUCCUCUUCGCAGCUUUCUUCCAAUUUGGCUGGGGACCCGUCUGCUGGAUUUACGUCUCCGAAAUCCCAACUGCACGACUACGGUCCCUGAAUGUCGCGUUCGGUGCUGCGACUCAGUGGUUAUUCAACUUUGUGGUUGCGCGGGCGGUUCCGAAUAUGCUGGCCACGGUUGGUGCUAAUGGUUACGGGACUUAUAUCAUUUUCGCCUGCUUUUGCUUUUCUAUGUGUGUCUUCGUGUGGUUCUUUAUUCCAGAGACAAAGGGGUUGUCUCUCGAGAAGAUGGAUGAUCUAUUUGGUGUUACCGAAUUGCUUCAGCAGAAGGAAGAUCCUGAGCACAGCUCGACUCCAGCUCAAGCGGACAAAGCUACGGAAUCUCACGUUGAGCGAGUGGCAUGA